GCAGAAAGGACGUGUCGUAUUUAUAAAUGUGAUACGGACUGCAUCUUUAGAAGCACCACGACCACUUUCAUCAUCAAGAUCUCCCGAAAGCAGCACACCAUGAGGAGCAUUCGCGUCUUUCUGCUUUGCGCGCUGGCAGCCGUGACGAUUUCGGCCGUUGUCGGCAACAAUUCCAGCGGUCCGGAAGAGUGCUGUUUUCGACACUACCCACGAAAACUGAGCCCCAAAAUCUUUGAGUCCUAUUUUAUGACUGACGGCCGAUGCCCCUUAAUGGGAGUCAUUCUGGUGACCAAAAAGAAAAAUCACAUCUGUGCCAACCCGACUCUCUCCUGGGUGAAAAAAGUCAUGAAGUCUUUGGACGAAUCCAUCCUGUGAAAGGUUCCGCUGCCCGCCUGCGGCGUCGUGAAGCACCGUUGUCCACGUUUGCUUCGUCUGCUUUAACGGUCUCACAUGCACAAAAAAUAGUACUCAUGAGCGUCUGGCUAUGUUUUCGGUCAACUUGACUUUGCCGCUUGCUGAUUUUUGUUUUAUAGUUAUAUUCCCUUUAGUCUCUUGAGGUUGUAUGCAUAUUCAUGUAAAAUUGAAUGCAAGGGGCAUUUCAGUCAUGCCCCCCCCCCCCGCCAAAAAAAAUUGAAGCAGG